GUAGGUGUCUGUCGUCUCUAUAUACGUCUGUACGAGUCUUGUAUACGAAGGCAGUGGGGGGGCAGGUGGUCUGAUCUCUGUUCUCUCUGCUCUCCUCUGGUCUGUCUGUCUGCCUGCGUGUGCUGUGGAGCGAUGUGCUGCCAGAUAGGUAGAUGUAGGUAGCUUGGCUUGACGGACCGCUGCUGCUGCCAGGUCAUGUGGCUACAGUUGCUUCUGGCACUGGUGGCCUUACAGGGACCACAGGGGGAUGCCCAAGUGAUUGCGGGUGUGCGACCGCCGGGAAUGAGGCUGAAGAAGCAACAGGCAAUUCCAAGCAGAGGGAAGCAGCACCAGGCCCGAGAAAGUGUUGGUACGGACAGCCAAUCAAUCGCACAGGCGUUCACACAGACACACACCGCAUCUUUGUAUCUGUCUGUCUGUUGCUUUGCAGUGGCUGUCGCGCCUGGGCCGCCUCCAGGCUACUUUAGUGAGCCCACACCGGAGUACACAGAUGAGUUCCAGGGCAGCCGGCUCGAUCUGGGCAAAUGGCAUAAACGCCGUGAGUGCAAGUUCACGUCAUUGAGCUGUCAAAGGCCAGAGCAGGUGAAUAGCAUGGCGGGCGGGCGGGUGGUGGAUAUAUGGAUAAACAGAUGGUUACACAACGCAGGGCAGGCGGGAUGGAUGGAUGGAAUCGGUGGUGUCUGUCUGUCGCGUGUGGUGUGUCCACCAGGUGAGUGUGUCUGACGGCCUGAUGCGCAUCAAGCUCGAGAGCGUGGAGCAGAACAUCACCGUGCAGAUCCCAGAGUCACAAGGCUGUCCCGAAAACGAUACCAUGGACGGCUGUACGAGGGACUUCAAAUACUUCGGGGGUAAGUGAGUGAAGUGUCCGGCAGUGUCCGGCGGACUGGACCCCACACGUCCGUCCCUGCGUGCAUUUGUGUGCGCCGCCGCGUGUUGUGUGUAGGUGGCAUCAUCAGCAACUUCAACGUGUCCUUUGGGUACGCCGAGGCGCGCAUCAAGUCCUGGAAGGAUGGAGGGUGGUGGCAGGCCUUCUGGUCGGCCACGGCUGACACGCAGGUGGCCGGCGCCUGUGAGAUCUGCAACAUUGAGGGCUUCCCCAGGCAGCAGGUGGACGUUUGCGAAAUCAACUCAGGUACGUCCAACGACAGACACAUAGUGCCCGACCAUCCAUCCAUCCAUCCAUCCAAACAUCCUUCCCUUGUUUGUUUCGUGCAGGCAUCAGCAUAGCCCAGUGGAACUUGAUCAAGUGGUCACCGGACCCUGGCACGUACUAUAGCGGCCGAUUUGCCGAGCUGCCGGGCCUCGUUGACAAGUGGACGGUGUGGGGAGUUGAAUACACGCCAAACUACGUACGCGUCGAAAGACGUGCAGAGAAGGCCACCUGAGUUGACUGACACACAAAGGCUCUCCUGUGUGCAGAACCGCAUAUGGAAGGAUGGCGUGUUCCUCGGCACUCUCGACAACCGGUACAUGACGGUGCAGGAGCUGACUGAGUGGCACUGGUGGAUCACCGCCAUCCUCACCUCAUCGAGCCUCGCUAACAUGGACGAGACCAACCUGCCCAGGCGCAUUUGUAGCCGACUACUUCAGAUGGUACGACAUGGACCCCGGCAAAAAGCUCGUCUUCCCGCCUUUGACCAACACGGACGCCUUCCCGCGUGUUACCCUCCCUCCCUACCCCGCCGACACACACACCCUUUCCCCAUCCGUCCGGGCCUUCACUGUCGCUUUCUGGGUCAAACACGAUCCGUCCCUUGUGGAGGAACUCUUGGCUGGUGGUGAGGAGGGGGCGCCGUAUGUGACUUAUUCCGUUGCUGGGGUGGACGGCAGUGCGGAGGAGCUGUCCGUCAAGUCAGCUCCAGGCGGCAAGCUGAGGAUAACGGUUGCUGGGGAAACGGUGGAUGUGGACGAGUUCUGGCUGAGUGAGUGGAUGCAUGGCAUGUGCACAUCAGCCAGCUACGCACCGACAACGAAUCCAUCUCAUCUCAUCUCUUAAUUCAUCUUGUGUGGGCGUGGGUGUCUUCUUUGUGCUGUGCACUGCAGGUGAUGACAUCGAUAUCCUUGGGUGGACUCAUGUUGGUGUGACAUACGACGGAUAUGAUCUGAUCGUCUUCCGCAACGCAGAGGUGGUGCUCACCGAGGCGCUAUGGGUGAGUGGGUGUGUGAGACACACGGAACAAAGCGCACCCACCUGUGCAAGCAGGCACAUCUGUGUGUCUUGUGGUGUGCAGGAGGACGACCCAUUCAAGUCCCGCAAUGGGCUCAAUCGUAAUGGCAUCCUGACGGCGGGGCACAUCUACACCCUCUCAACCGAGACCGGCGAGCUGUUGCCAGACAGGUCUUUUGCAGGAGAGCUCGCCCAUGUGAAGCUAUUCACGUCAGCCCUCUCCAAGAGAGACUUCUCUUCACUGUGAGCUCCUCUCCCCCACCGACCCAACCACUCACCCACCCACCAGCCUUCACCCACAUCCCUCUGCUGCGCACCGCAUCGCACUGGUCUCUCUGUCUGUCUGUCUGUCUGUCUGUCUGUCGUCCAGGUACUUUUGCCUGAACGUCUAUGGCGACUGGUUCGACUCACAGCUGGGCUAACAGACGGAUGGGGGCGCCACAGCGACAUCGCCUGACGACCUCACGUGUCCCGACCGAAUGGACGGCCCCUUCUAUCCCGCCGAUGACGGGGUGGCAGACGAGGAGCGCGAGGCGCACCCCUUCAGUGGCUUCUUCGCGUCGGGGUACCAGCCCUUCUUCAACAGUAGCGCCAUCCUGUAUCCUGCUGUGAAGGAAACUGAUAACAUGACUGAGACGUACGUAUACAACACACAGCGUGGAUGGGUAGACCCGCACGGCUGGAUGGGCUGGUAGUGAAGGUAAUUGACAACAUGACUGCUGGGGAAAAGGAAUUGUGUUCGUGAAUGAUGGAAUUGUGUUGUUGGUCAUUUUGUCAGACAGUGUGUGUGCGUGUUGCGUGUUGCGUUGUGGGUGUGGGUGUAGUGGAGGUAUGUGUGUGCGCGUGAGCAGAGAUGGAGGCACGACACACUGCUGUUGGAUUUGUGGUGUUUUUCCUGCCUGCUGACACGCGUCUCGCUAGCUGUCUGUGCUGCUGUGUCCGUGCCCCCUCUCUCCUCCCGUGUGUAUCUGUGGAUAUGUGGGUGUACAUAAGCGCUCUCUCAUAUGCGACAGCAUAACGUGCAUCCAUGUUCGUGUUCGUGUUCGUGUUCGUGUGUGUGUGGCUCCGUGCGUGUGCGUGGUUUUCCUCCGGUCGUGCCGCAUGCGGCACGUACAGGCGCCUUGAUGCGUGAGUGCAUCCGAGGCAGCCAGCGGAGGGAAUAGCAGACUGAGACAUGCACGUCUGCGUAGGUCAACGUAGGAACUAUAUGCUAUGCUGGAUGUGCGUGUAUGUAUGGUCAUCAGGCCUGCGAUAUUUUCUCUUAGAGGCGUUUUUCGUGAGUAAGGGUGCGGUACGGUGCAUGCGUACGUGUGUUCACAUGAAUUCACAUGAAUGUCUCACUCUCGAAUCUACCUGACUGACUUCUGCAAGUCCAAUUAACCAACCCAUUCAUACUCACUGACGGUCCGAAGAAGAG